AUGGCUACGUACGUUCAAGAGAAAUUUCGUCUCUACGAAACAAUGGCACGAUUUUACUUGAUAGGAAGUGACCGUAACAAGAAGUUUUUCCGUGUAUUGAAGUUUGAUAGAUCAGAACCAUCCGACCUCCAUAUUAUUGAAGACCCUGUCAUGUAUUCCGGCGAUGAAAUCAAAGAACUUCUUCAACGUAUUCGAGAUGGUAAUAUAGCCACAGGGGGUCUCACAUUUGUGACCGAAGCUUAUGGGAUUUCAGGCUGCGUCAAGUUUUUGGAAUCGUAUUAUUUGAUUCUAAUUACUAAGCGCAAACAAGUUGGAUGCAUGUGUGGUCAUGCAAUCUAUAGCGUACAACAGAGCCAAACGAUAACAAUACCACAUGUCUCAGUUCAAUCCGACACUGCUCGCUCUAAAACUGAACUUAGGUACAAAAGGCUUUUAUCCAGUUUCGAUCUUACGAAGGAUUUUUUCUACAGCUAUACCUACCCAAUAAUGCAGAGUUUGCAGAAGACUUUGUUGUCCAUUGAAGAAGGAGGGAUUGGGAUGCCGUACGACAACAUGUUUGUUUGGAAUGAUUAUUUGACACAAGCAAUACGGUCAAUGUGCAAUAACUCCAUCUGGACAGUAGCUUUAGUUCAUGGCUAUUUUGAACAGGCUCGCUUAUCAAUCUUUGGGAGGGAGUUCAGCAUUUCAUUGAUUUCUAGACGAUCAAGAUAUUUUGCUGGGACGCGUUAUUUGAAAAGAGGAGUGAAUGACCUCGGAAAAGUUGCAAAUGAUGUCGAGACAGAGCAGAUUAUCCUUGACGAAGAAGCUGGCUUUUACAAGGGGAAGAUGAGUUCAGUGGUGCAACUGCGUGGCUCUAUACCGCUUUUCUGGUCUCAAGAAACUUGUAGAUUCAGCCCCAAGCCUGACAUCCUCUUGCAGAGGUAUGAUCCAACAUACGACGCCACAAAAUUGCAUUUUGAUGACCUCGCCGAGAGGUACGGCAAUCGAAUCAUCGUCUUGAAUUUGAUAAAGACGUUUGAAAAACGGCCACGAGAAAUGAUACUGAGGCGUGAAUUUGCUAAUGCUGUAGCGUAUCUGAAUUUAGUUCAACCCGAGGAAAAUAGCCAGAUUAAAUAUAUUCAUUGGGACUUUCACAAGUUUUCAAAAGGCAAGUCUCCAGUCAAGCCUGCAAAUGUUUUGGCGGUUUUACGUACUGUGGCGAGCGAAGCAAUUAAUUCAUGUGGCUAUUACUACAGUGGCUCCAACAAGACCAAGCGAUCACCGUGUUUUCAGAAUGGAGUUCUUCGUACCAACUGCAUUGAUUGCUUGGAUCGUACAAACAUAGCACAGUUUGCUUUUGGUCUUGAAGCUUUGGGAUGCCAGCUCCAAGCAAUGGGCAUAACUGAUGAUUCACAUGUGGAUCCUGAUAGUAGUCUUGCUGCAGCUCUAAUGGAGAUGUACAGAAGGAUGGGAGAUGCUCUUGCCCAGCAAUAUGGUGGUUCUGCAGCUCACAAUACUCUGUUUCCAGAGCAGCAGGGAAAGUGGAACGCAAGAACAAGAGAGUUUUUGAAAUCAUUACAGCGUUAUUACUCUAAUACGUACACAGAUGGUGAAAAACAAGAUGCGAUGAACUUAUUUUUAGGCUACUUUCAGCCACAGAAAGGAAAACCCGCUCUGUGGGAAUUGGAAUCAGAUUACCAUCUGCAUGUAUCUGGGCCCAUGAAUGACCUGAAAGUUAUUAACCCUGCUUGUAGAGCUGGAACAACUCUCACACCCAUCCCAGCUUGUAGAGAAGAUUUCAAGCGGACCAAGUUAACUUCAUUUGAUAAGUUGAUUGGUAAGACAUGCGGUGGGAUUAGGAACGUGAGGCCUUGCGGUGAACCAGAUCAGAAACCAGGUGGUAGGUAUGGAAACAGUGGUGUUGCACCCGAUGUAGCUGAGAUACAGCUCAAAAGCCCAAAUUGGCUUUUUGGACGAAAAAAGAACCAAGAAAGUGCCGUGCCGAAAGAAGCUGCUUCUCAUGAAACUGAUUCUGAAAAAUCUCAAGCUGAAAAGAAGAAAACUGGUUUUUAUAACCUUGAUUGGCUUUCUUCUCGCAGUGAAAUGAAUGAAGAGGAAACUGCGCAGAGAUAUCAGGAAAUAACCUCGGCUAAUGAAGAGAAUGAGAAUGGUUGGUUCGGAGGUCCUCUUCUGGCUGAUUUUGAUGAAAGCAGUGAAAUAUAUAGGCAUUAUGCUGCGCUGUGUCACAUUCCUGAGCUAGAACCUUUUCACAAAGACCCUGAGAAGGACCAACUUUAUGCUGAUAUUUUGAGGAUGGGAUCGUUUGACGUCCUUAAACUUGAUGAUGUUGCCGUUGCUGCGGACAUGGAAAAGGCUCUCAAGGAGCACGACCAAAUUGGUGAUGACUUUGGAAUCAUCCCCAAAUCUUGCAGAUUCAUUGCGGAGGAUCCAAGCUGGUUGGCACGAUGGUUAACUGGGAAAGAAAAGGUACUAAGAAUAUGAGGGUCUGGGGCGAUGUAGUAUUUGACUGUUACAGUGCUUUGAUCAUAG